ACAAAAGAAGUUGGUUUACUUGAUGCAGAUAUAUAUGGACCUUCAAUUCCAAAGAUGAUGAACUUGAAAGGAAACCCAGAAUUAACACCAAAAAAUCUAAUGAGGCCUCUUAAGAACUAUGGAAUCGCAUGCAUGUCUAUGGGUUUCUUGAUAGAAGAGACAUCCCCGGUUGUGUGGAGAGGGCUCAUGGUAAUGUCAGCUAUUGAGAAAUUGUUGCGACAGGUUGACUGGGGUCAACUGGACUAUUUAGUAAUUGACAUGCCACCUGGGACUGGAGAUGUGCAGCUUUCCGUCUCUCAGAAUAUUCCGAUUGCAGGAGCUGUGAUCAUCUCUACUCCUCAAGAUGUGGCUUUAUUGGAUGCACGCAAAGGAGCUGAAAUGUUUAGAAAAGUCCACGUACCUGUUUUAGGACUGGUUCAAAAUAUGAGUGUUUUCCAGUGUCCCAAAUGUAAGCACGAGACACACAUUUUCGGAGCUGAUGGUGUAAGAGAUUUAGCAAAAACCCUUGGAUUGGAUAUUCUAGGAGACAUUCCACUGCAUGUUAAUAUACGGGAGACGUGUGAUUCAGGACAGCCUGUUGUGAUCUCGCAGCCUCAAAGUGAUGCCGCUAAAGCCUAUCUAAAGGUAGCUAUGGAAAUAGUAAGACGACUGCCAGUACCUCCCGCUUGA